UCGCGCUCAUCUUGCAACGCGCUGACGCUGACUGCCAUUGCUUGGAGGGAACGCGCCGCAUUUUUGCCAUCCUCGCGCACCAAAUUCUGUUCGGAGCUAAUUUGAGCGUUGGCGAACUCGAGCUUGGAGAUUUCGUGACGCAGUUCAGUUAACUCAAAUCAUCAGUAUGCCCGGAGUCACUGUGAAGGAUAUUGAUCAACACGAAGUGACCAAGGCGGUCGCCGCCUUCCUCAAGAAGUCGGGCAAAUUGAAGGUUCCCGAGCAGAUGGAUCUCAUCAAGACGGCCAAGUACAAGGAGCUGGCUCCCACCGAUCCCGAUUGGUUCUAUGUGCGCUGCGCUUCGAUACUGCGCCAUCUUUACUAUCGCAGUCCAGCCGGAGUCGGGGCACUCACUAAGGUCUAUGGGGGUCGCAAGCGUCGUGGCGUUCAUCCAUCGCGCUUCUGUCGUUCCUCCGAGGGCGCCAUCCGCAAAGCUCUGCAGGCUCUCGAGCAGGCUCGAUUCAUUGAGAAGCAUCACGAGGGAGGACGCAGUCUCAGCUCGAUUGGCAGGCGUGAUUUGGAUCGCAUUGCCAACCAGAUUGUGGCCAAGCAGCGCGAUGCAGCCAAGCAAACGGGAACAAUUGUUAUUUCUGAUUUCAAUGAUGAUUCGACUCUGGUAUAAAAAUAUCAGAAUAUGAAAAACAUUUGCAAAUGAAAUGAAACAUUAAACAAGAAUAAAUUGCAUUUUCAGUGAAAUAAAAAGCAUUUGGAAAUAAAAUAAAUGAAACAUUAAA